UUAAAAUACACCCGCCCUGGGUUGCCUACCUUCAGCCAGGAAGUACUGCACAAAUGGAAGACAGAUAUCAAGAAGUAUCAUCGCAUCCAGUGUCCUAACCAGGGUUGUGAGGCUGUCUACAGUAGUGUAUCUGGCCUUAAAGCACACCUGGGCUCUUGUACAUUGGGAAACUUUGUGGCUGGGAAAUACAAGUGUCUUCUGUGUCAGAAAGAAUUUGUGUCAGAGAGUGGUGUCAAGUAUCACAUCAACUCUGUCCAUGCUGAGGAUUGGUUCGUUGUAAACCCAACAACCACCAAAAGCUUUGAAAAGCUGAUGAAAAUAAAGCAGCGACAGCAAGAAGAGGAGAAGCGGAGACAGCAGCACAGGAGUCGACGGUCUCUAAGAAGGCGACAGUACCCUAGUGUGGAGCCUGCUGAGACCCAGCCAAAUCUUAGGGCAGGGAAGGAUCAGAGGGGGAAUGAUGAGGAACUGGUGGUGUCAACCCUCUGUAAGGAACCAGAGCAGGAGGCAGUGCCAGCACAAUCCCAGAAAGUAAAGCCUGCCAAAACCACUCACAAACGAGGAAGGAAAUAGGCAGUCAUUGAAUGAGCUCCUAGGAGAGUGGAUGUGAUGCUGUUGUCACUGGACAUGUGUGGGGGAGGCCUGAGUCAUGGGGCUGGGAGAAGAUGCUUUCAGCGGUGGGUAUCAGCUCUUCUGUGUAAAUUUCAGGUCUUCCUGACUAAUUCACUUUCAUCCUUCCCUCUCUUCUAGUAGGUUCUAUUCCUCACUGGAGCCCUCUUGUUCUCUUUUCUAUUGCCGAAAGAGCUCCCAUGAAAAAAACAACUGUAGGCUCCCCCUAGCCCUGUGCAAAAUAAGAAACUGUUGUUUGGUCUUUCCUAUAUGAACUUUCUUGGAACCUCCAUGAUUGAAUGGUUACUCCAUCAUCUACCUAAAAAAAACAUUCCAAGUGAAUUUUUUUUAAAGCCAUGACAGGUUUUAUCAUUCUGUAUUUGUGACAUAAAAUUACAGAAAGUAGUGCUAUUACUUCUGCUAUAGGUGACCCUGAGCCCUAGGGAAGCAAAAUUUUAUGGAGGCUGAUUAUCUACAAUUUGGUGUUACUACAGAGAAGAAAUAAUUUAGCAUGAAAAAGCUAGAACCUCUCUAACCUUCUAGGAGAUGCUUGGUUUAUACCAAGUGGUAGGGACUGACUAGACCCACAGGCAUGAAAAAAUAGCCUUAGGAGUCAUGUGUCCCAAACACUAAAAUGAGAAGGAAAAAAAAAGCAGCAGCAAUAAACACUACCCUAACUUUCCUGGGUCCUGAGGCUUCAUCUCAGUUGCUAGGAUCAGUGCUCUCCUGAAGCUUGGUUUUGCCUCUUGGUUUUAAGGAUUGAGAAGUGACUCAUUUUCCCUGAUGUGCUGGCACAGUAUCCUAGUGCUCCUGGAAAUGCCACUGAGACUGUAACCAAGGUGUGUGUGCCCUCUCCCCUGGACUUACCUCACUUGUUAGGCUCCACCCAGUUAAGUCCUCAUCCGUGGCAUUAGCCCACUUCUGUCUCUUUGAAUGUUCUAAGAAUAUUGUCCUACUAUCCCGUUUUAUAUAUGGAGUUCUAUCUGCUUUAUAUUGUGAAAUUUUGACACCAGAUGUAGAUAUUUCUCUGGAGCUGGAAAGAAUAUUCUUCCUCUGUACCUCAUGCCUAUCUGGUGAUGUUUAAUGGGCCCUUUCCCUGUGAGGGUGGAUAUUGUUGGAGAAUUGGUUAGAGCCAACCUUGUUGUCGUGUUUCUGGUUUCUCUUCUCCUUUUGUGUAAAUACUGUUCUGUAUUCCUGCCUAUUGUAUGGCAUUUGCCACUUAAAAAAUUAACAUUGGUAUGGACGAUACUACUUUUUCAAAUUCUGAAAGGCUGUUUGCCACUCUUGAAGUCUCUGUUCUCUAAAUAGCUUUAUCAUGUGUGCUUUGUGAACACCACUUUUAAGUAAUGGAACAUUGGAUCUUGAAUUGGAUACUGCCAGAAUGGGUUGUUUUGAAACAAGUGGAGGAAAUGAUGUAUUUGUGCUAUGUUUUUUUCAUUCCUGUUUGUGCCCUUAAAGCCCUUGUAGUAGAUGAGGGUUGUCAGGGAGGAGAAAUGAAGCUGUGUUAAGUUCUGGUGACAAAGACUUGGAGAAUGUUUGGCAAUGACAGAAAUAAAGUGACUCUCGCUUAGAA